AUGCGCACUGCCUUCUUCGAUGAUGAGGUCAUCCAGUCUGCGUACCGCUAUGAGCACGCUUUCCGCAAGUUCUAUCAGCACUAUGCAACAAGAGAGCGAAGCGCAUCUGGCGGGGUAACGCUGACCCUGGAGGAGAGAGCCGAGCGAGCCAUCAGCGCGAGAUCCAUCUUUCGCCUGGCACGGGCAACGCGGCUGAUUCCCGAUUGUUUGGUACCAGGUGAGUUUCAAGAUGUUGUGAAUGGCCUUCGAUUCCACAGUGCUGCGCGUGCCGCGGAAAACCGUUUCUUCCAGGAAGGGCGGAUGCUGCAGCGCGAGGAGGAUCCGAAGUGGCACCAGCCAGCCGAGGGAAUGCUUUCUGGCGAGCCACGCUUCUUCUUCCCAGAGAUGCUGGAGAUCUUUGUAGCUGCUGCCUUCCACGCGCCUCCACGGCUGUACAAUGAGCCCGUGCAGGACCGUGUCGAGCGCCUCGACGAGAUCUUUGGCGAUCUCCUGCAACUUCCACGGGACGAUGACGCACGAGCCUUCAAGGCUGAUUUGUACUUGAAGGCCACCCUGGGAGUCGAGGAUACGCAAGAGCUAACAGAAGACGACAUGGAGCUCGCCCCGCAGAGCUUGGAUGAGGUGCUCCACGCGAUCGAUGCGGAGCUGCCCGUGCUGGUGGCAAAAAAGGAUCCUCACAUCCCGAAGCCACCUCCGAACGUGGUCGACAAGCUUCCGCUCCAGCCGAUGACCGCGGAUGAGAGAAUAGACGACAUGCAGAGGAAAAAUCCUGGGGGCAAAGCUGUAGCAGGCGGCAAGAAGAAGAAGGGGAAAAAGGCAAAGGCCCCAAAGCAGCCUAAGAUGAGGGAGGCCUUCUAUGGCAAGAUCCCGGUCAAGUGGAACCAGAUCCAAUGGCUCGGGAAGCGACCUGAACGACCGCUGCCAGUCAUUCCUCCAAUGUGGCAGACGGACAGCAAAGCAGUCAUGCUUCAGAAUCUGGAUGACCACAUAAAUCAGCAGCGCGAUGAGUCAAGAGCUGUGAAUACACCAUCUACUGGCUGGGUGCUUCGCCUGCAGCUCAUUGAUGAGCCGCUGCGCGCACCGGUGUGCUCCAGGAGUGAGGAGGUCACCACACUGAUGGAGGCGGCGCUCACGUCCAGAAGGCUUCGCCAGUACGAUGUCGCCAUGGCACUUCUCAUCCGGGCGCGGAAGCUUUGGGCCCAGGUGGAGGCACGCCAGCCUCGAAGUGCGGAGUGGGAAGACGUUCAAGCCUUGGUGCCCACGCCUUCACCAUGGAGCUCAAGUGCUGACAGCACGACCCCAACCCUCUACAGGGGCUUUCUGGACCCACGGGACCCCCGCGCCUCAGCCACGCCGGCAACUGCUGGUGGAGCAUUUUCCCGAGAAGACGAGGAGGAUUUGGAUCGCACAAUUUUUCCGGAUGAUUUGUCCCGUACGCAGUCCAAACCGCUGGCCAUUGGCCGCAGCCGCACAGAGGCGCUGCCGUCGCGAGAGGACCUAAGUGCUGGGCUCAGCGAGAACGUGGAGGGAGAGAUCUCAAGCAGCGCAUUAGGGCGAGGCAGAGUCAGAGACAGAGAAAACUCAAGACGAACUAGAGCAAGCCGACCUUGA